AUGGCUUCUAUGCACUUUGCAUUAUUCCCCCAGCCAUUGAAUGAUACGGAUGAUGAAACAUCAUCUACACCUCCAUCCAAACAACAGCAACAACCUGGUUCAGCAUUAGGUACAUCAAGUGAUGAACAAAAAGAAGUUUUUAAUCUCACAUCAACAACAGGAAAAUCACCAAUGCUAUCUAAAAGACGAAAAAUUCAAAGUACUACUCCAUCAAGUCAAAAAAAGACGCCUAAAAAAUCGACUACAAUAAGUGUUCAAACAGAAUGGACAUGGAAAGAUAUGGAAAUGCUCGAACAAUAUCGAAUUCGAGAAGAAAAACCUGAACCGGUACCUGUCGAAGAAGAGCGUGAAGAAUUAGAACGAGAAGUUAUUGCUGAACCAGAAGUACCAAUUCCAAAAGUUUCAGAAACACCUGAACAAGCUGAAUCGACUAUUAGUUCAUUACCAGAAUUGCCAAUUUUAACAUCUGUUGGACCACCACCUAUUUUACAGUAUAAUCCUGAAUCUAAACAAAAAUCAUUUGAUAUACCUCGAACACAUGAACAAGCCAUUGAAACUGAAUUACGUGAAUUGGGUGUACAUAUUCAUGGACAUGUUCCAUGUGAAUUUUGUGGUGAACCAAUACUUAAAUGGCCAACAAUUAUUGAACAAGAAAAAUUUGCACCAAGUCAAUUAUUUUGUUGUAGUGAGUAUCGUGAAUUUGUUGAAGCUGUACUUGAAAUGCAAAGAGAAGAGAAUCAAAAACUUGAUUCAAAACAAAUUGAUAUACAACCACAUGCUAAAGUUCGUAGUCGACGUGCUCGACAAUUAGCUGAAGAACGAGCUAAAACAAGAGUUUGGGAACGUCAUAUGGCUGAACAAAAACGUCUUGAAGAACAAGCACAAAAAUUAGCACAUGCUACACAAUCAAAAUCUAGUGAUUUACGUAUGGCACAACAAUCAAAUUCAUAUCGUGGUGUUUCAUCAGUGACUAGUAGUUCACCAUCGCCGAGCACUGCUGAGCCAGGCUCGGCAAUGGCAGCAAAAAUGAGAACUCUGACAUAUCAAUUAUCAAAUUUAAAAUUUGUUGAAGAAGGUUGGACAUUACAAAGGCCACCUGAUUUUGAAAUAAGUUCAGAUGAUGAUUCUGAAGAUGGAGAACAUAUACUUGUACCAAGAGAUCUUUCGUCUUCGAUACUUAAAAGAUAUGAAAGACCAUUAAUUCAAAGAUUUUAUAAAGACGGAUCAAAAGCAGCUAUUCUUUUUCCAAAUGGAACAGGCUGUGUUUAUUAUCCAUCGGGUAAUUUGGCUAUCAGUAUCUCAGAAGUUGCUCGUGCUAUGCUUUUAUAUACUGCAUUUACUGAUGAACCAACACUUUCAGCAAAACAAUUAGCACAAUUUGAUCCAUUUGGAAAUGGUUAUUGUAAUUUUACCAAUGGAGAUUUAAGAUUACAAUUGACAGCACUUGAAGGCGUAGAAUUAAAUUUUGAUGGUGGUCGACGCCGUCGUUGGAAUUGGUGGACAAAAGUGAAUACGUCUUUUGAACCACACGUACAUGCACCACCAUUUCAACCAAUAUUAUUUCAUUUAAAUAAUGAAAUUGUUAUAAAAAUUUGUUCACAAGAAAAAAUUUAUAUGAAAUUUUCUACUGAACUUGUUGAACUUAAAUUUAAAGUUGGUGCUAGAUUAAAAGUAAAUAAUGUGAAUAAUUUACCAUCAACACAAAAAAAUGAUCCAUAUGAAAAUCUAUUAAAAAAGAAAAAUAUUAUUAUAACACGUUUAUUAAAAAAUAUCCAAAAUGAAGCCCAACAAUAUAUUAAAAGUCAAGAACAAAUGCGAACUUCUCAAGAAACAACUUUAAUUAAUCUUGAACAACAAAAACGUACAAAACAACCAAUUAAACAAAGUUUAUUUCCACCUAUACGGCAAAAUGAAGAAAAAAUUCAAAAUAAUCGAAAAAUUUAUCGCAGUGUCAUAGUCACGUAA